UAUACCACAAAUUCACCAAGCUUUGUUAACACACAUAGUUUUGUUGUGUUUUAAGUUAAAAACAAAACACUUCUGCAUAUACUUUGAUUCUCACACACAUCUCUUCACUUUCUACACACACACAAAAAAAAAAAAAAAAAGAAUAUGAAGAAAGUUGUGUUGAAAUUGGACUUCUUGGAUGACAAACUCAAGCAAAAGGCCAUGCAAAAGGUCUCCAGCCUCACAGGUGUGGAUUCAAUAGCAAUGGACAUGAAAGACAAGAAACUGACAGUAACAGGGGAUGUAGAUCCAGUGACAAUUGUGUCAAAACUUAGAAAGGUUUGUCAUACAGAGAUUGUGUCAGUUGGUCCAGCAAAGGAAGAGAAGAAAGAUGCUGCUGCUGAUGACAAGAAGAAGAAAGAAGAAGAGGAAAAGAAGAAGAAAGAAGAGGAGAAGAAGAAAGAAGAGGAAAAGAAGAAACAAGCAGAGGCUUUGAAAGCUGCAUAUGCUGCAUAUCAGCAACAGCAGUUGCAGCAGCAGCAGUAUUAUCAACAGCAGCAGCAGCAGCAAGCAUAUUAUCAGUAUAAUCAUGUUCAUCCACCUGCUGCUACUACACCAUACUAUGCUAAAGUUGUACAUGAUGAAAACCCUAAUAGUUGUGUUAUUUGUUAAUCAAGUGAUGAAGACAUGGAUAGAUGAUCUCUUGAUGAAAUCUUGGGGUUAGAUCUUGGAGGUUGAGGGAGUGUGCAAGUUGCAGUUUUUUGUUUAUUGUAUUUUAAAUAAUGUAAAUCUUUUUUCUUAAUUAUUUAUACUAUAGUUAUUGGGUUUAAGUGGUUUUGUUGGAGCUUGUUGAAUCAUAUAAUUGUUUAAGUCAA